CUGUUUCAGGAGGCUAUUGACAGAUCGUUCAAGCAGAGCGAGUCGCCGGAGUUUGUUGGUAAAGCAGUAGUGGCGUUAGCUUCCGAUAAGAAAGUCAAUCGGAAAUCAGGAAAAAUUGUAAUGACUUAUGACAUGGCUCGUGAGUACGGAUUCAAGGACGUCGAUGGUGCGUGGACCUUCCAAUUUGUUAGUGCCCCUCACUGA